AUGGCUACCAAGAAUAUUGUCAUUUUUGGAGAGAGCGGCGUCGGGAAAAGCUCCAUCAUCAACCUCCUAGCAGGGCGCCAGCUUGCUAAAACUUCUCCAGACGCCAAACAUUGUACAUUGUCCUAUCGAGCGUAUGAUGUUCCCAUCAACGGCGCAUUGUAUCGCAUCUAUGAUACUGCCGGGGUCGACGGCAACCGCAUGGACCCUAGCGGAUUUCUCGACGCCGUCACGAAUGCCGACAAGUUGAUGAAGGAGCUUAAAGAUAGAGGAGGAGUCCACCUGCUGCUGUACUGCAUCAAGGCGGGCAGGAUACCACCAACGUUCGUAACCAACUACAGGCUAUUCUAUGAAUUUUUCUUCGAGGAGAAGAUACCAGUUGCGCUCAUCGUUACUCACCUGGAGAGGGAGGAUCCCAUGGACGAUUGGUACAUGCGAAACAAGGGAUCGUUCGACCGCCAUGCAGUCAAGUGUGUUGAUCAUGCUUGUAUCACUGCAGCGGCAAAUCUGGACCCGAAAUAUAGGAAGAAGUACGAUGCGUCCAACGCAGAAGUGUGCAAGUUGAUCACACGGCAUGAGGAUACGGUGGUAGACUGGAACGGAGGAGAUGGGUGGCUUGCCAGGUUCGUAGGAAAGUUGAAAGACAUAUUGACGGGGCGUCCAAGCAAGUCAGACAUUCUCGGUGUCCUCACGAAGCGUUGCGGGAUGGAGGAGAACCUAGCAAAAGAAAAAAUCGCUGUGCACGCUAAAAAUAUAGUUAUCUUCGGCGCAAUGGGCGCCGGGAAAAGUUCCCUAAUAAACCUCAUUGCAAACCAAGACAAAGACAUCGCUAAAAUUAGCUCCAACCUCAAUCGCUGCACCCUCACAUGGAAGAAAUAUGUGCUGCCCGGGCUCUUUGAUGAUGGGGUGCAAUAUAAUAUCUUCGACACGAUGGGCAUCGAGAACCCAGAAAUCGAGUCACGUGAAUAUGACCGGUCCAUCAAGAAUGCCAGCCGCCUUCUCCGCGAGCUUGAUGCAUGCGGCGGCACCAGUCUGUUGGUGUAUUGCGUUCAAAAAAGCCGUGGUAAUAGCGCAUUGGAGAGCAACUACCAGUUAUUCCGCGAAGUGUUAUAUCAAGGAAGAGUUCCCAUAGUCAUGGUCGUGACAAAACUUGAAGACGAGGACGACAUGGAGGCAUGGUGGACGCGGAACCAAAAGGUGUAUGAGACAUCCCAUAUCGUCGUGGAGGGGCAUGCAUGCGUAACAACUUUGAAGAAGGAAGAAGCAAAGUACAGGGCAUCGAGGAAGGCCGUGCAUGACCUGAUACGGCAGUAUGCCAUUCCGCCAGUGGUGGGGGGAUGGAAGCGGGAGGGGCUAGUCAGCGCGAUCAUGCGACCAUUCAGGCAUCCUGAUCCGGAGAAUAUGAAAUUGCAGGACAGACUACAGAAGGGCCUCGAGGGUCAAUGCGGCAUGAAGCCAGAGUUGGCUUCGGAGGUCGCAAAGAAAUUCACGUAUGCGUAG